UGCGCGGAUGCCUUUGCUGUGAUGUCACAGUGGUAUGCAGGCUGCUGGUUCACCUCCACACAAUAAGAGCUGAAUCCACCAUCUUGUCUGUUUGCUGACAUCCCACUGUGUUGAGCAAACACACACAGACACACACACAUCUGAUGUGUGUGUGUCUGUGUUGUCAGCCGCUUCCAGUGAAAAAGUUUACACAUAUGACCCCGUUGAUUUGUCAAAGCAGCAGAUGUUGUUGUUGUCAUCAGCUGUUCACAUGUUUGUUUGUGGCACUCAAAGGAACAGCUGAUAUUUACUGACUCACUGACUGACCAGGAGUCUGUAAUGGAGACCUAGCUGAGCCUCGGCUACAUGCUAACGGCCGAGUUUAAAUCAAGUUUUACCAGCUAGCGUGUGUGUGUGUGUGUGUGUGAGAGAGAGAGAGACAAUAGAACAGCGACGACAGGAUGGAGGGUGAAAAUGAGGCUGCUCUGGUUCCUACGACAACGAGGAAACAUAACAGGACAGGAAUGUAAAGAGAGAGAGAGAAUAAGUGGAAACAUGGAGAAAGGAGAUGAGGGGAGGAGAAGGAGGUAUAGGAAACAGGAAAGGAGAGAAGGGAGGAGGAGAGGAAGGAAAAAAUAAAGAGGAGGAAACAGGAGGAGGUCACUGGGUUUCAGAAGGAAAGGAAACAAGGAAGGUGGAGUGGGCGGAGCUGAAUGAUGACGGGCGCGUCGGUGAAGGUGGCGGUGCGAGUCCGCCCCUUCAAUUCCAGGGAGACUGGACGAAACGCCAAGUGUGUGAUCCAGAUGCAGGGGAACACCACCUGUAUCUCCAACCCCAAACAGCUCAAAGAUGGAGCCAAGAACUUCACCUUUGACUAUUCCUACUGGUCACACACAACGCCUGAGGACCCCGGCUUCGCGUGUCAGAGGCAGGUGUAUAAGGACAUCGGAGAGGAGAUGCUGCUUCACGCCUUUGAAGGAUACAAUGUGUGCAUAUUUGCAUACGGGCAGACAGGCGGAGGGAAGAGCUACACCAUGAUGGGCAAACAGGAGCCGGGGCAGGAAGGCAUCAUACCUCAGCUGUGUGAGGACUUGUUCUACAGAACCGGAGAGAACUCUGACCCCGACCUCCAUUACUCCGUGGAGGUGUCCUACAUGGAGAUCUACUGCGAGCGGGUGAGGGACCUGCUGAACCCCAAGUCUCAGGGCACCCUGCGGGUCCGGGAGCAUCCCAUCCUGGGUCCCUACGUGGAGGACCUCUCUAAGCUGGCCGUGACUGGCUUCACCGACAUCCGGGACCUGAUGGACGCUGGCAACAAAGCUCGGACGGUUGCAGCCACGAACAUGAACGAGACGUCGUCCAGGUCACACGCUGUCUUCACCAUCGUCUUCACCCAGAGACGAAGAGACAAGAUGACCAGCCUGGACACUGAAAAGGUCAGCAAGAUCAGCCUGGUGGACCUCGCUGGAAGCGAGAGAGCGGACUCCUCGGGGGCAAAGGGCACGCGGCUCAAGGAAGGAGCCAACAUCAACAAGUCUCUGACCACGCUGGGGAAAGUGAUUUCUGCUCUUGCCGAAAUGCAGAGCAACAAGAAGAGGAAAAGCGACUUCAUUCCCUACAGGGACUCUGUCCUCACUUGGCUGCUGAAGGAAAACCUGGGAGGGAACUCCCGCACGGCCAUGAUCGCCGCUCUGAGCCCCGCCGACAUCAACUACGAGGAGACCCUGAGCACCCUGAGGUACGCCGAUCGGGCCAAACAGAUCCGCUGCAACGCCGUCAUCAACGAAGACCCCAACGCCAAACUGAUCCGAGAGCUGAAAGGAGAAGUGGAACGUCUGAGGAACCUCCUGUUCUCCCAAGGCCUGCAGGAGCUGCUCCACAACGCAGUAAACAACAACAACAACAGCAGCAGCAGCCCCCCCGUUGUUGCCCCCCUCCCCCCUCUGCAGCUGGCUCUCACAGCCAAUGAGAUCGCCCCUCAGAAUGGCUCCACCCUUCAGAAUGGCUCCACCCUUCAGAAUGGCUCCGCCCCUCCAGAUGCUGAGGCGACACCUGAAGGCAACAAACCAGCCGACCACCUGACGGAGGAGGGGGAGGAGCGAGAGGAGCAGGAGGAGGCGGAGGAGGGAGAGGAGGCGGAGCCUAUCAGUAAAGAGGAGGCGGCUGAGAGACUGCUGGAGACGGAGAAGAUCAUCGCUGAGCUCAACGAGACCUGGGAGGAGAAGCUCCGGAAGACAGAGUCCAUCCGCCUGGAGAGAGAGUCCCUGCUGGCCGAGAUGGGAGUGUCCAUUAAAGAAGACGGGGGGACGCUGGGCGUCUUCUCUCCUAAAGGAACGCCUCACCUGGUCAACCUGAACGAGGACCCCCUGAUGUCCGAGUGUCUCCUGUACUACAUCAAGGAGGGCUUCACCAGGGUGGGACAGCAGGACGUGGACAUCAAGCUGUCCGGUCACUUCAUCAAAGAGAUCCACUGUGUCUUCGUCAGUGAGACCACGGAGCAGGGCGAGGUGGUGGUGACUCUGGAGCCGCUGGUCGGAGCGGAGACGUACGUCAACGGGAAGCAGAUCGCCGACGCCGUCGUCCUCAAGCAAGGCAGCCGCAUCGUGAUGGGGAAGAACCACGUGUUCCGCUUCAACCACCCGGAGCAGGCGAGGCUGGAGAGGGAGCGCAGCGCCACGGCCGAGCAGCAGGAGGAGCCGGAGGACUGGAACUACGCCCAGAAGGAGCUGCUGGAGAAACAGGGCAUCGACAUCAGGCUGGAGAUGGAGAAGAGGCUGCAGGACAUGGAGGUUCAGUACCGCAGAGAGAAGGAGGAGGCCGACCUGCUGCUGGAGCAGCACCGACUGUAUGCAGACAGUGACAGUGGAGACGACUCGGACAAACGGUCCUGUGAGGAGAGCUGGAGGCUGAUCUCCUCCCUGAGGGAGAAGCUCCCAGCCAACAAGGUGCAGUCCAUAGUGAAGCGCUGUGGUCUCCCCAGCAGCGGGAAGAGGAGGGAGCCCCUGAGGGUCUACCAGAUCCCUCAGAGGAGGAGGAUCAGCAAGGACCCCAAACGGGUCACCAUGGAGGACCUCCGCAUGCAGGCGGUGAAGGAGAUCUGCUACGAGGUGGCUCUGGGAGACUUCCGUCACUCCCGUCAGGAGAUAGAAGCUCUCUCCAUCGUGAAGAUGAAGGAGCUGAGCCGCAUGUACUCCAAGAAGGACCCCAGGGAGAGGGAGAGCUGGAGGGCCGUGGCCCAGGACGUGUGUGACACGGUGGGCAUCGGGGACGAGAGGAGCCCCCCCGCCGAGGAGGGGGGUGGCAGAGGGGGGGAGACGGGGGAGGUGGGGGGGGAGAAGGCCUACGACCUGAAGGCUCACAUCGACAAGCUGACCGACAUUCUACAGGAAGUGAAGCUUCAGAACAACAUGAAGGACGAGGAGAUCAAAGCUCUGAGAGACCGGAUGAUCAAGAUGGAGAGCAUCAUACCUGUCCAGGGUGACGAGGACGAUGGCGAGGUGAACGAUGAAGAAGAGGGCGUGUCACCCCAGGGGGACGAUGACGAGUCGGGCGACGCCCCCUCCCCCCAGCCGGAGGUGCAGGUGCGACGUCUGAUGGACGAGGACCCGGCCUUCAGGAGGGGGCGCCUCCGCUGGCUGAAGCAGGAGCAGCAGCGCCUCCUCAACCUGCAGCAGCAGAACAUCACCAAGAAGCUCCGAGGCCUGAACCAGAACCAGAACCCAGGUCAGAGCGCUCCUGUCGUCCCGGUCCAUCUGCCCGGUACCGGUCGCUUCAUUCCUCCCCAGGAGUGCAAGCUCAAGUUCCCCUUCAAGAGUAACCCCUCCCACCGGUUGUCAUGGGGACCGGCCAGCGCCGCCCUGCAGGCUCUGGGUCUGGGGGAGGGACAGGGAGGCUGGGGGGAGGAGGAGGAGGGUGGAGGUAAAGGCUCGCCGUCUCCUCCCCCCCCGCCCCCUCCGGGUCCUGCUCUGCUGCCCCUCCCCUUCCCAGCUCCUCCCCCUCGAAUGCGCACCCCCAGCCCUCACCGUGCCUGGCAACAGCGUAACCAGGGCAACCAGGGUGGCUUCUACCAGCAGGGCGCCAACCAAAACCAGCAGCGCCGCUACCGCCGCAACUCCCUGGACAGCUCCGCCCACGGCAACGGAAGCUAUGACAACAACCAGCAACAGGGGGGCGGCGGUCACCAGGGGCGUCCGAGGCAGAGAAGGGGGGCGUCGCCCGGUCCCAGUGGUGAGGGAGGAGGGGGGAGAGGAGGUGGAGGGGGGAGGGGUAGAGACAAAGAUGGACGCUUCUGUUUUAACCCUCACCAGCUCCACCCGUUCCAGCACCAUCCCUACUACGGCCCCCACAAUGCACCAUUCCAGCCAGUACCUUACCCCAACUACCACAGCCUGCCGCGCCCCGGGGCCCCGCCCCCUCCUGUUGACAUGAUGCUGGGGGUGGGGCCACCGUCGGGUAUGUGGGGCUUUUCCACGCCGCCCAGGAUGAGACGGCAGUUCAGUGCACCGGACCUCAAGAACAAGGAGACCCCCAUCUGACCUCUGACCCCAUGGAGCUCUCAGAUUAGCUGAAGGAUCUGCAGAGGUUCCGGUGGUGUGUGUGUGUGUGUGUGUGUGUGUGUGUUUGUGUUUGCGCGCCUUUACAUUAGCACGGGCUAUCCGUUGCCAUAGCGCCACACACGUUUUGUUUUUCCGUUUGUUAGGCUGUCAAACAGGAUUCAGUCAUGAAGAGGAAUUGAUUGCUGAUAUCGAUCGAUCACAAGGUGCCUUAAAGCUGAAGUGGCUAGCUACUGUUAGCGGAAGUCUUGUUUACUUAAAGAUGAAGUACGUUGAGCAGCCUUUAGCCUGCGAGGCUAACCGAGGUCUGGGUUAGCUUUGGGCUACUUUAGCCUGAGAGGGUUAGCGGUUAGCUCCUGAGGCUAACGUGCUGCACAGGGGAGAGAAGAGUA